CUUGCCUGAGCACCACCACGAGCGCCACGAGUCGCUCUUGAACGAGUACCUGUCCUCGUCGUAGCGCAACAGCAGCCAGCAUGCCGUGGAACAGCCGCAAGUUGAACGACGGGCGCACCAUCCCCGAGAUCGCGUUUGGGACGUGGACGUUGGGGAACGGCCAAGACCCGAUCGACUACGUCGACAACGCGCUCGACGCCGGCUUCAGCCACCUCGAUACCGCGCAGGCGUACGGGAACGAGAAGGAGGUCGGCAUCGCGCUCCGCGAGUCCGGGCUUGCGCGCGAGGACGUGUUCAUCACCACCAAGUUCUCCGGACGCGACGGGCUGUCCAUCGAGCAGAGCAUCCGCAACAGCCUGGACAACCUGGGCGUCAAGUACGUCGACCUAUAUCUCAUCCACCACCCGCGCCUCGCGCAGCCCGACAUCCCAUCCGCGUGGGCGGUCAUGGAAAAGAUCCAAGCCGAAGGCCUCGCGAAGAGCAUCGGCGUGAGCAACUUCGAGAUCUCGGACCUCACCACGCUCCUCGCUUCGGCCAAGGUCAAGCCAGCCGCGAACCAGAUCCUGCUCCACCCGUACGUGAACGUCCGUCAAGCCCCGCUCGUCGCCUUCUGCAAGGCGAACGACAUCGUCGUCGAAGCCUACAGCGCGCUCACGCCGCUCACCCGCCAGCGCGGAGGGCCCGUCGACAAGCCCGUGAACGCGAUCGCGGCCAGGCUCGACGCGAGCCCGGACCAGGUGCUGCUCGCAUGGGCCAGGGCGAAGGGCGCCGUCCUCGUCACGAUGAGCUCCAAGAAAGAGCGCGUCGAGGGCUACCUCAAAGCCGGCGACAUCGAGCUUACCUCGGACGAUGUCCGCGAUAUCGACGUCGCGGGCGCCCUCGGCGUGCGCCUGUCCGCGCGUACUGUCCUGCGUCGCGUGGCCGGCCUCACGGUCCUCACCACCGCCGCGUUCGGCGUGUGCACUUACCUCGGCGUGGAGAUCUUCUAAGUACCGAGGCACAUACCGAUGCAGCUCGGACUGGGCGUUCCGGUUUAUUUGGACGAGCGAGUUUUCCGUGUUCCGAGCGCCAUCACAUGUAACGUUUACAAGUCGAGAGCGCGGGUACGGGGCGAUGUGUGUGUACGAUAGGACGGUGCGGGUGUCUAUUAUAUACACAUGUUUUUUUUUUUUUCGGAUGGCAGCAGCACGAAUCGACCCCAAGCUCCGGGGGUCUCCUCAACCCCGCAUCGCCUCGCGCGUCAUCCUCUCCACCUCCAGAAACGCGUCCACGAGCGCGGGGACGACGAACGGCUCGCUGCGCUCGCGCGCGACGUCGCGCAGCGCCUGCUCGACCUCCCUCUUCCGCUCCAGCGCGCGCUCGCGCUCGUGCUCCGCCUGCGCGAGCUUGCGCCGCACGUCGUCCGUCCGCCGCUCGGCCGCGCGCACGUCGUCCUCGGCCGUGAGCCGGCGGCGGCGCUCGGCGGCAAGGGUGGAGCGGGUGGCGGCGAGGUCGGAGUGGGCGGCGGCGAGGUCGGAGCGGGCGGCGGCGAGGUCGAGGCGGAGGUCGUACGUUUUGCGCUGUUCGGCGGCGAGCGCGGAGUCG